CGCGUGCAAUCGUCGAGGUUAGGGGCGUACGUGUUUCAUCGGAUCGCGGACGCGAGCCAGCUGUGCACGAGCGGCCGCGCGACGUGCCAUGUCCAUGCCCGUUGACGUUGCUGUUUGACACUUGUCCGUGUCGUUGACACGAAUCCUCGGAUUUCCGCCCGUAAAAUUUCAUCCCUAGUUAUUAUCUUGGAUUUCGUCGACGUAAUCGCGCGAUGCGUAAAUACGCGACUCACGGUGCUGGAGGUGAUACGAGAGAAAGAGAGAGGAAGACGGAGAAAGGCAGCGAGAGUGGGAAGGUGCGACAGAGACGACAUCACAAAUUGCGACGAAGAACGCAAUGCGCGGCAUGCGUAGGUCGAGUGCAAUCGAGCGUCAAUGUACCGUCUCGAUCGAACGUGCGCGCAUAGAAUAUCAGAGCGUAGAGGUUAGCGCUCGCAUAAUAGGACACGUAAUGGAGCGUACGCGUCGCGUGUUCGGCGCGUCGUCGACGCGAGUGCGUAUUAAUAACGCGCUGACGUUGCGCCCUUUGCAAUCGCCCGGAAUAAAUAAAUGGGAGAGCUUGUCAAAAGGUGGAUGACGUAGCUGUUCGCAGCACCGGUCGGCUCGCGCAGGUGUCGCCGCGACGCGGCGACGAUCGAAAGCGCCGCGUGAAAACGAGGCAACUUCAAGCUGCUCAUCGCGUUCUGCGUGCGUGUGCGAGACUUGACGCGCGGCCUUACGUUCGAUUAGUCAGCAAGGUUAACAAUUGCACGGACUCGAGCUUUUUUGCUGCGUCGCGGGUACAUCGUACGUCACGUUGAACCGGUUACGCGAUCUUGUUCGUCAUCGCGCGUGUAAAAGUCUCGGAACAAUAUACGUUUGCUACGUUUGAAGUUUCCAGCAAUGGGGAUUGUUACACAGCGUAGAUGAGCCCAGAAGGCCUCGAUGACGACCCUCGACGAGAACGUGAACCGCGUACUGCGACAACAGCAUAAGACAAUCGACAGUAUGGAUUAUUUGGGAAAGAACGAUCGGAUAGAAAGAAUCGCGCCAAUGGACACGAAAAAGCAAAAUUCAAUGGAUGGAGGACGGCCUGUCCAAGUGGUACUUGCCCAUCCAGAUCAUACCUUCGAAUUAGAUGAAGAAGCAUUGUCAGAAAUUCUUUUAGAUGACGACGUGAAAGAUAGAAGUGUGGUUGUGGUAUCUGUUGCAGGUGCCUUCAGGAAAGGCAAAAGUUUCCUUCUUGACUUUUUCCUUCGUUACAUGAACAGCAAGUAUCCGUUACACGAUGAUAACGACACCUUACACAGUAACAUCGACACCUGGCUGGGCGCCGAGGACGAACCUCUGAGUGGUUUCUCAUGGAGAGGUGGCUCCGAGAGGGAUACCACGGGAAUAUUAAUGUGGUCGAAGGUUUAUCGCGCCACCUUGCCGAAUAAAGAAAAGAUCGCUGUGAUUCUCAUGGAUACCCAGGGCGCGUUUGACAGCCAGUCGACGGUGCGGGACUGCGCGACGGUGUUCGCGUUGAGCACGAUGCUGUCGUCCGUGCAAAUCUACAAUUUAUCGCAGAACAUCCAGGAAGACGAUUUGCAACAUCUGCAGCUGUUCACCGAGUACGGUAGACUGGCGUUGGAAAAUUCCGACAGCACACCUUUCCAGAGAUUGCAAUUCUUAGUGAGGGACUGGGUCUACCCGUACGAGGCCGAUUACGGCGCGGACGGCGGAAAACAAUUGCUCGACAAGAGAUUGGAGAUCUCCGAUAGACAACACCCGGAAUUGCAGAGCUUGCGGAAGCACAUCAAGUCCUGUUUCUCGGACAUAUCGUGCUUCCUCAUGCCGCAUCCGGGUCUCGAGAUUGCGACGAAUCCGCGAUUUGAUGGCAGAUUAUCCGAGAUACAGUCGGAAUUCAAGAAACAGCUGAAGGUACUUAUUCCGAUGAUACUGGCGCCGCAAAAUCUGGUCACCAAGAAGAUCAAUGGUCAGGACGUGAAAGCGAAGGAUCUGUUGGAGUACUUCAAGAGUUACAUCAAUCUUUACAAGGGGGACGAACUUCCCGAGCCGAAAAGCAUGCUUGUGGCCACAGCAGAAGCUAACAAUUUGACGGCCGUAGCCGAAGCUAAGGACUCGUAUCUUAAAAUGAUGGAAAACGUGUGUGGUGGAGCGAAACCAUUCCUAGCGACAGCGCACUUGGAAUCGGAGCAUCAGCAUUGUAUGGACAUGGCUCUUCGUCAAUUUCAGAAUAAACGAAAAAUGGGUGGCGAAGAAUUCAGUCAAAUAUACAUGGAAAAAUUGAUUAAGGACAUGGAUGAUUCUUUCUUGCAAUUCAAGGCACACAACGAGAGCAAAAAUAUCUUUAAAGCAGCGAGAACGCCAGCGGUGUUCUUCGCGAUUGCCGUUACCAUGUACAUCUUGUCCGGAAUAUUUGGUCUGGUUGGUCUAUACACGUUAGCAAAUGUGUGCAACCUCAUUAUGGGCAUCGGUCUCCUCACGCUCGUCUUAUGGGCAUACAUAAGGUACAGCGGAGAAUUUAGAGAAAUUGGCACGCAAAUAGACGACUUAGCUAGCACAAUAUGGGAAAAUUGCACUAAUGAAAAACGAUAUUUGAGAAAGGUCUGGCUAUGCGCUCAUCUUAGUUAUAAAAUAACGUAUAAAUUAAGAUACCUAAUCCUGUCCAUUAUCGUAAUUGUAUUUACAGUACCUAUAUGUCAUUUUACUUAUCUCGAUCUUCGUAGACAUGGCUAUAUCUGAUCCCACGCUUUUCUUCCCGUUUAAUUUCAAUUUUCUUGAAUUAUUUGAGUCUCGAUUUGCUUGUCGGCACUCUUUUACAUUUCUUACACUUCCCCCAUGCAAAUUUCGCAAAUUCUUUUCUCAGAAAUUGUCAUGCUUCUUCAAGCAUGAUUAUUAAUAUCAUUAUUUUAUCGUUUCUUUCUUUAUUCCUGUCAUAAGCUGAGUGCUAACAGGAGUAAAUAUCGGAAAGGUAUGGCAUUUGAUUACAUAUACAAUCAAAUAUUUAGUAACUAUUAGCAUUGAUCAAAUAUUACAAUCGAUAACUAAAAACUGCGCGUAACUGUUCUCAUCUUUUCUCUGUCUCACAUUAAGUGCCAUAAAAGAUGCAAUACGAGACACGUGAAAUGUAUUUAAAAUGGAAGAAAACACCGAGAGAAACACAUUAUCUUAAUUAUGUGAUAUAUAUAUAUAUAUAUAUAUAUAAAAUAGUAUAAUCGUUGCAAAAUUGUACACAGUAAUGAUGUAAAAAAUUCUUUUUUACUUUUGUUCAGUUCAUGAAGCCACUCUACCAACAAUUUGUGGAGAAGUCAGUGUCUGUAGCAGUGGCGCAGGCUGCUGAAAUAGCGGUGACAAAUUCAACAAUGAACGCCACUGCCACUGCCAAUGGCAAGCCUAAAUUCUCGUAAUAUUUCAUUCCCACAAUGUUCCGCAAUUUGUUCAAAUGGAUCGAAGCACUGCAUCCGUAUAUGUGUUAAGUGGCAUAACGAAAUUUUAUAAUACAUUAUUCUCUGACACAUUACCAUGAAUAGUUUUCUCUCUGUUUAAAUCGGAUUAAACGUUAUGGCUUGAACGGACUAAUUUGAAAUGACUGUGAAUGUAUAUACAAUGUACUCUAAUCAUAAAACAGCGUUAGAUUGGUGGAAAUCGUGGUUACUAGCACAUAAUCCUUGGUAUGAUAUUGUUAUAAAAAUAAAGUCUUAUCUUGGUGAGAGAUAUUAUUGUAGCUUGAUCUAAAAGUUUUAUCACGGGGAUGUUAAUAUAUUUGAAGUUGAUGCAAAUUACCUAUAAAGUAGAGAAGUGCAUUUGUGAAAACGUUACGCGCGAAAAGUCUAGAAAAAUAAGUCUCUCUCUAUAUAUAUGUAACAAUUUCUCCUUUUCUAUUAAAAUACACACGGUCCUCCUGUUAUACCCCCAUUACGUCGAAAGUGCAUUUUGCAAUUCUCUUUUCUUUCUUUUUUUUUUAUACAGACAGAAUUCUGUUUUGCACAGUAUUCUUAAGACUACGUUCUUGUUAGUUUUGUGUUAUUUAUGUGUGUGUUUGGACUAACAAAGUUCAGAUUUUGUUUGUGCCAGAAACUCUCUACAUCGGUUAUUGUAUUGUACUAUUAUUUAAUAAAAGAGAGAAUGUACAUAUUAUACGAUGUUAUUUGCAUUCGACAUAUAUAGUUUGAGAAACGUGAUAAAGAUACUACUUAGACCUUAUUUAAUUAUAUGACAUAUUUCAUGCGCCAUAUAUUGUUGUAGCAUAUGACUUUAUUAAAUGCAAUAUCUCGAAGUUGCCCGAUGCUAUUAAUCUACUUAAGAAUAACAUAAUUUUACUUACCACCAUCACACACGCUAUUAGCGGUCGAAGUUGCGUCGUAGAUGUAUCGGACUUUAUUUCCUCUAUUACUCAUUGGAUAAAAUUAAAGACAGACUUCUUUUGUUUAAUAUUUUUUGUUCGUUUUCUUUUUUUAAAUUUUAUUUGUGAUACUGUUCAUAUUACGUGAAAAUUUAUGACUUUAUACGUACCAUGUAACAAAUAAACUGUUUUAGCCUGUUAUAUGUAUUUUAGCCAAUGAGUAAUUAGGUAAUAGAAUAUGUAGUGUGCAUGUAUUGAAAUUACCAGACCUUGCCAAGCGAUUAAUAAUGUACUUUAUGUAUUUGGUUUAACAUGCAUGUGAUAGAGUUACGUGUUUAUCUGCGUUUAUAACUCGCAAAUAAUUUUUGUUUUUUAAAUGCACGAAAUCCAUUGACAAAUUGUAAUAUUUAUUUGAGAAAUUUUAUCAUAAAUUAGGAUAAUUAUCACUGAAUUACUGAAUACGAAACGUGCAUUACUGCUGUAGAGACAUAAAUGUGACUAAUGUCAAAUUGAAAGAUAGGUAUUUUGCAUUUUUUUCAGUCAUGACAAAAAUAAAAGGAGUACACUUGGUGACGGUUUUAGUAACAUUCUAGUAUAUUUAAGUGUUUUUUUUUAUCACCACGAGAUAUUUGCUUCAUGGAGAUGUACAUAAAAAAAGCGAGCUCAUUUUUAUAUAUUAAAACGUAACUAUUGAUUUAGAUGCGAUAUGAUGUAACUUUUAAAAAGAGUUUUCGUUCCUCUCUAAAAACAUAUAUUAUUUCACAGCUUCAUUAACAGAUAUAAAUACUGCUGUAAACACAGGCAGGCAGCUUAAGAAAUAUUCUUUAUUAAUUUACAUUUGGUUUUUAUUGGCUGAGGUAUAAUAUAUAUAUAUAUAUAAAUGGGUAAACAGCUUUGUAUUAUUAAGAUAGUUAUAUAGUUUGCCAUCUCAUUGUGCUUUAUAUAGGAUGGAUGUGCAUAGAAUUCUAGAAGUAGAAGUCCGUAGAAACGCAUCGUUAAGAAGGUGCCAUUGAUUGUAAUUCUGGGUUUAUAAGACUUUCUAAGUCAUGUGUCCUGCACUGAAUUUAUUUGCUGAUCUUGUAGAAAUUUCGAAAUUCCAUUUAUUAAGUAAAUAAGUUCAGCACGUGAUGCAUGUGUUAUUCUAAGUGUACGAUUAAGUUCAACAAUUGCAAUUGACAUUUAAAUCGCUAUCCUUUUUAGCACUCAUUAUUGAAACACAUUUUUUUACGUUGGAACCAGAGUUAUUGCCCCAGGCAAUUUUAUAAAAUAACUGAAAACUACGAUAUAUGUGAAUUAUAUGAUUUCGAGUCACUUGCAGAUGUUAUUUGUUAUUUAAAUGGAGCUUGUAACGUCUUACAUAAUUUUACAGAAUUGUAACGUGUGUAAUUAGAAAUAUAUAUAAAGAUGAUAUGAAUAAUUUAUAGAUCGCGACUAUUGAACAGAGUUACCUUAAUUGAAUAUAUUUUGUAUCAUAAAGAAAUUUGUUUAGGAUGCAUAAUAAUAGUUUGCUGCACGCGCAGUUUUACCCUUCAGCCAUCCAUUUUAUACUAAUAUUGUAAUAGAAAUUAUAUGGAAUAAAUAAUCCAGAUGUAUCGAC